AUGUUCAAGUGCGUCCACAUCUCAAAGUUCCAUCUGGUGAAACCCAACAUGACCAUGAUGGAGAUUUUCGACAUGAACAAGGUGCUAUGUCUUUUGGUCAUAGCUAGGUCCUUCCACACAGUAUUUGGAAACCUAGAAAAGAAAAUCCAUGGACCAGGCACUAAAUCCAGCGACAAAUGAAUAGACACAAAUUACAAGUCUCAGACUCCAAGUUGAAUAGAAAGCUCAUAGACGUCUAUCUAGCGAAUGAAAAGGCUCACGAACAUGGAAGAGUAAAAAUAAUAUUUUCGAACGAUUUUUUUGAAUGGAGGCAACUAAAUCUCCUGUCUACUUCGAUAAUAUGAAUGCGAGGAAUUUUGAUAUCAUUUGCGAAUACGAAUCGAGACAUUUUUAUACGCGAAUGUGACAUAUUUAAAGCUCUCAAAUGAAGUGAUUAUGUUCUUUUUAUAUUUAAGAAUGCAAGAAAUGUGUAUAUGCAGUAAAGUAUCCUUGAAU